AUGUCCGGCUUCUUCCUCUUGUCGUCGGUGCCGCCCGCCGUCUUGAGGCUCAAAAUACGGUCCUUUCUCUCUUCUCACACAAAACCCUCCAAGGUCCACCGCCGCUGCCCUGCAGGUGAGAACAUCCGCAACGAGGCCCGCCGCCACGCCUCGUCCCACGGCUUCUCCGCCAAGUACAUCCCUUUCAACGCCGACCCAUUCUCCAUCGAGUCCUACUCCCUCGACGAGAUCGUCUACCGAGCCAUCCCCGCGGUCAUCAUCUCCAGAUCGGCCAAUUUUAUGGGCCCGUCGAUCUCGAAGGCUGUGGCGGACGGAUUGCCGGCGAAUCCGUUGUCGGCCGUGAGCGAUCUCCUGGUAGCGGCUCUCUCCCGCUCGUACGUGUUUUGGUGGCCGCCGAGGGCCUGCGAGGUGAAGAACAACCGAGGGUCGACGGAGGCCGAUGAGUUGCUCGACGGGUAG